AUGUCGACAAACUCCAGGAAGAAGCUCCUGUUGAUGGGCCGUUCUGGAUCGGGAAAAUCAUCAAUGCGGUCGAUCAUCUUCUCCAAUUAUUCAGCAUUUGACACCAGACGAUUAGGAGCAACAAUUGAUGUUGAACAUUCAAAUUUGAGAUUUUUGAACAAUAUGACGUUGAACCUAUGGGAUUGUGGUGGCCAGGAUGUGUUUAUCGAAAACUUUUUGAAUACCAGCAGCCAGAACCCCAAUUCAAAUAACAACAUCUUCAAGAAGUGCGAAGUAUUAUUGCAUGUCUUUGACGUUGAAAGUAAGGAGGUUAACAAGGAUAUCGAAAUUUUUCAAAGAGUAUUGAAGAAUUUGCACCAAUUCUCUCCCAAUGUCAAGGUAUUCAUACUAUUACACAAGAUGGACCUAAUUCAAGUUAAUAAGAGAGAUGAAUUGUUCAAGAUCAUGUUUGACAAUUUGCAGAAAAUAGCAAACCCAUUUCACUUUAAGCUCACUGGAUUCGCGACUAGUAUCUGGGAUGAAAGUUUGUACAAGGCGUGGUCAUCAAUCAUCUGUUCAUUGAUUCCAAACAUUUCCUUCUACCAGCAAAAUCUUUCCAAGAUUAACGACAUACUAAAUGCAAGGGAGAUUAUACUGUUUGAGAAAACCACUUUUUUGGUGAUUUCUUCUACGGACAGGAAACUGAUCACUAAUAACGAUGAAUUAGACCCCAAAAGAUUUGAGAAAAUCUCAAACAUAAUAAAAACUUACAAACAGAGUGUGAACAAGAUAAGAACAAACUUUGAGACGAUAAUUCUUAACGGCAUGAAUACGUCCAUAUACUUGGCAGAGUUGACCAAUAACAUCUUCAUUAUGAUCGUGAUGGAUAAUCAAAGAAAUGAUGACGAUUCAACUGCAAUUGAGGAUGAAAAUUUGAUUUUGGAGGACAUUAAGAUUGCAAGAUCAUUAUUUGAAAAAGUAGAGAACGUUUGA